AUGCAGGGCCUCCCUGGACUACCAAUAUGGGGCAGCUACAUCCAGCUGCUACUGGAGAACUACAAGUUCCCAUACAAAGUGAUGGAUGUCUUCACAGGUCGCUACAAUUCCAAACUGGUGGGCUUCUACUUUGGACCACUGCCUUUGGUGGUCACCAGUGACUAUGAAGCUGCCAAGGAGGCCUUCAACAACCCCAGUCUGCAGGGCCGCAUAUCCAACAUCGCCAUCAAGCAGAGGAUGCCCAAUGAGGACCUCGGCAUAAACUUCAGAGUGGGCCCAGAACUGAUGGAGCAGCGUCGCUUCACGCUGAGGUACCUGCGGGACUUUGGCUUCGGACGGCGCUCCGACCACCUGGAGUCGGAGAUCGAGGCUGAGAUGAUGGAACUGGUGGAGCUCAUCCGGGGAGAACGAAAGGAUGAGGCUGUGGUGCAACCACCAUCAGGAGGAGACGGGAGCCUGCACGUUCUACUGCCGGAUACUCUUUUCCCCGGCUUCAUCAACGGCUUCAUGUCGGUGGUGGCGGGCAGCCGGCUGCCUCAGACAGCAGACGGGGUGUGCCGCUACCUGGGGCACACGGGACUACAGACGGCCAGGGUUGGAGACGCCACAGGCGGUUUCCUCACGCUGCACUCCGCACUGGCCUCCAUCGCGCCCAAGAUGUCCGCCUACCACGACAUGGUCGAGUCCGCCGAGAAGAUCCUGAUCUACUUUCAUCAAGUGAUCGAGCAACAUGAGAAGACAUAUUCUGAUGAUCACAUGAGAGACUUUAUUGACAGAUACCUGAGAGAAAUAAGGGAUAAGCAAAAGACUGGGGUUGAAGCAAUAUACUCCAGAAAGCGGUUGUGCCCUGGGGAGACGUUCGCCAGACAGAACAUGUUCCUCAUGCUGGCAGCCCUUCUGCAGAGUUUCUCAGUUCGAGCUGACGGCCUGCCGCCUCUGCACUGCAACAUCCCAGAGGCUAUCGAGACCCUGUCUGCCUUCUGGGCUCAGUUAGAGAUCCAGUAA